AUGUCGACCCUCAAACGCAAAGCCGGCGCCCAAACAGGCGGAGCCGACGCGAAAAAGGUCAAGCAAGGAAGCAUCAUGUCUUUCUUCGGGAGCUCCCCGGCGGCGAAACCGUCAGCUACCAACAGCUCCGGCCUCCCCACCACCCCCAACUCAUCCUUCACCGCGCCCACCGACCCAGCCGCCGCGAGGUUUGACAAGGACAAAUGGGUGGCCACCCUGACGCCAGAGCAGAAAAGGCUGCUGCAGCUCGAGAUUGACACCCUUGACGAGAGCUGGCUGGUGCACCUGAAGGAUGAAAUCGUCACAAAGGAGUUUUUGGAUCUAAAGAGGUUUUUGGAGAGGGAGUAUGCUGCUGGAAAAAAGAUUUUUCCCCCAAAGGAGGAUAGUUUAGCUCUAUGGUCCCGACACACCCCCUUCACAACCACACGGAUUGUAAUUCUCGGUCAAGACCCCUACCACAACCACAACCAAGCCCACGGUCUGGCGUUUAGUGUCCUCCCCCCUACUCCUGCGCCCCCUUCGUUGAAAAACAUAUAUACCUGCCUCGGAAAAGACUACCCCUCGUUCAACCCGCCCCCCAACAAGGCCGGGCUGUUGACUCCCUGGGCCAAACGUGGGGUUCUCAUGCUCAACACGUGCCUUACCGUCCGCGCUCACGAGGCAAACUCGCAUUCCAACCGCGGCUGGGAAAAGUUUACGCAAAAGUGCAUUGAUCUCGUCGCCGCCAAGCGAACAACGGGAGUGGUUUUUUUGGCGUGGGGCACGCCGGCUGGGAAGAGGGUGCUAAAGGUUGAUCAGAAGAGGCAUCUGGUGCUGAAGAGUGUGCACCCUUCUCCGCUGAGCGCGUCGAGGGGGUUUUUUCAGUGUGGGCACUUUAGGAAGGCGAAUGAGUGGCUCGGCGAGAGGUAUGGGCUGAAGGGGAGGGUGGACUGGGCGCUGAAUGAGGGGGAGAGUGUCUUGGAGAGUGACGAGCCGAGUCCGAGGCCGAGGGUGGAGAAGGGGGAGGUUGCGAAACGGGUGGAGGAGGUGGUGAGGGGGGCGGUUAUGGGACGGAGGGUGGAUUUGAAUGAGAUUGCUAGGGGGUUAAGUAGGAGUCCGAAGGGGGGGAGUUGUUCGCCAAAGGAGGAGAAGGGGAAGAAGAAGGAGGAGGAGGUGGAGGGGGAUGAUGAUGGGGAGAAUGUGGAUCCGGGGGAGGAGGAGGAGUGGGAUGCUUUGAUGAGGGAGAAGGGGUUGUAA